AUGGUCUCCGGCGAGCUGUGCCUGGCAGCGGACAACGAAUUCUUGGCGAAUAAUAUGAAGGAGAUGAUUGGAGGUUGCUGCGUGUGCUCAGACGAGAGAGGCUGGGCAGAAAACCCUCUCGUAUACUGUGACGGUCACGGCUGCAAUGUUGCAGUCCAUCAAGGUAAACACCGGAUAAAAUCCAAAACAUUAAACAUGGAAUUUGCUUGACGAACAUCCGAUAACUAGCUCAGGCUAGCCUAGCGCGGUUGAUGGUCUGCCAGGAAGCUAGCUAGUAACGUUAGCUAGCUAAGCUAACUAAUUUUGUUAGCUACUAAGCAAGGUUAUAGCUAGUUAUUGUAACGUUAGCUAGUUCUAUCCAAUCGACUGUUUGCGCGUUUGUCAUGACCUACCUAGCUAGUUAGCCUUCCUAUCUAGUAGAUAUGGAGUUGGCUAAAGUAACUAGCUAACUAACGUUACCGUUAGAUAUCUAGCUAGGUAGUAUUUCUGUAGCUAGCAGCUUGUAACAGACUAAUGUGAUGCUCCAUUAACCGUGCUGAUAUGUACUGUUUGAUACAUGUUUGGCCGAAUCGAGAACGAAGAUAGUAUAGUAUUGCCAAGUUAAGGUUGGUUGAAAAUUCUGCUACGCCAAACAGUAACGUUACCUACCCUAUAAGGCUAUUGGACCAUCACAUUAACGUUAUCCCGUUACAAUCUGCUAGGAAGGAUUUAUGUAGUUGUCAACAUUGUCUGUGUAGCCUGGCUAUACAAUUCGUUGAAAUUGCAUUGCCUAGCGCUAACUAGAUAGCCAACGUUAGCAUGUUAGUUACUUUGUCUUACCACACUAACUAUAUCCGUAAUGAUAGCCCUCUAGUAAAUGACAUUAUUUCCCCAAUGUAUUGCUAGAUACGUUUUGUAAACAAUAGUGCCACGCGGUGAAGUAGUUAGCUAGCUACAGUAUGUUGUCAAAAUAUUAUUAGCUAGCUACUGAGUUUAACAGAACGAACCUGUGUACCUAGCUUGUCUGUAACACACUGAACCCAGGCACGACUGAUGUUUUUUCUGACCCAAACAACAAUGUCAACGUAACUCAGAUUCUGUUGACAGUCACAAUCAGAACUAGGUAUCCAUGCGACACAGUAAAUAUAGGUGAUUUUGGCUUUGUGAGACAGAAAAACUGCCCAGUAAUGAUAUUUUUAUUGUUGAUCGUUGUCAUGUGAUUGAAUAUCUGUCUUCAUUACAUUUUAGUCAUUUAGCAGACGCUCUUAUCCAGAGCGACUUACAGUUAGUGAGUACAUACAUUCAUUUUUUAUUUUUCAUACUGCCCCCCCCCCCCCCCGGGAAUCGAACCCACAACCCUGGCGUUGAAAACGCCAUGCCCUACCAACUGAGCUACAUCCUUGCUGGCCAUUCCCUCCCCUACCCUGGACGACGCUGGGCCAAUUGUGCGCCGCCCCCUUCAUACUCAUAUUUAGAUUUGAUUGGGAUCCCUAUUAGCUGACGCCAAUGGCAACAGCUAGUCUUCCUGGGGUACGACACAUACCGAAAAAUACAUUACAGACAAAAAUACAUACAUGAACUAAACCCACCUAUUUGUACAUGUUAUUAAACACAUCCUAUUCGUUUUACAUGUGAAUUAAUCAAUAGCCAAUCUACACACUGACGCCGUUGUAACAAUCGCUGACCCCUCUGUCCAACAUAACAAUACCCUUUUUAUCAUCAGUGGAUUAUCUCUGUUCAUUAAAGUGGAUUAUGUGAGUCAGUCAGAUGUGAGAUAAUCUGAGCGGACAGCAGAGGUAUCUGGAGUGUGCGAACACGAUUUAGUGCAUAUAGGGGAAAUACUCCCAUGGGCUUGGUGUAUAGGCUACAGGGUUAUGUUCAGUAGGGCACCGGGUUGGCACAGUGGCACUCUGUUGCAAAAUGUUUUGAAACAGGAAGCAAAGAUUAGUGUUCUUUAUCGGACGUGUUCAUCCAGUACCAUGCCAUUUCAAAACAUUUUUUUCUGUUUCCUGCCUAUUAGAAAUGUGUUCUGUUUCCUGCCUAUAACAUGUCUUAAAUCCGUCCAUGAGAUUCUUCAAAUCCGUCCAUGUUAUGUCAAGUGAUUUACCGUUGUAGCACAGCCUACUAGGACACAAUACAUCAAUGUCCACCUCUGGAGGUGUCAGCCAGAUCUGUCACCAUUUGGCUAGAAUGAUAUCUGCGUGUGUGUGUGAGACAUAGGCCUAAGAGGUUGUUGUGGUUAAAGGGAUAGUUUGAGAUUUUGUCAAUGAAGCCAUAUAUUUACUUCCCAAGAGUCAGAUGAACUCGUGGAUACCAUUUUUAUGUCUCUUUGUCCAGUAUGAAGGAAGUUAGAGGUCGUUUUUGUGAGCCAAUGACAACUAGAUUAGCGCAAAGACUGGAAGUCUUUGGAAACUUCCUCUAACGUCCUGCAUACUGGACGCAGAGAAAUAAAAAUGGUAUCCACGAGUUCACCUGACUCUGGAGAAGUAGAUAAAAGGCCAAAAUCCUGAACUAUCCCUUUACAGGGAUGAAAACUUGUCACUUUUCGUCGCUAUUUGCCGUUUUGAAUCCAAAAUAAGUAAUCCACAUAAAUCGUGAAGAUCUGUAAUUUAAAAAAAGAAUCUCACAAAGUAUUACCCAUUGAGCUAUAAUAGAGAAGUGCGAAUAGAUCUUUUUAUUUAAUUGUAUAAACCAUGUCAUGGGCCGUUUUAAACUACUCGUGGACCUUGAGUUUUUGGUUCGAUAACAAACGACCUUGUUUAGUCAUGUUACCUGGCUAGCUAGCUAACAACCUGGUACCUUGGCUAUGCACAUUUGGAUGGCACAGGACAAACUGAAAUGGGAUAGAUAGCCUACUCAAAGAGAUGCUUCAAAGGUAGGAUGCAUAUGCCUAAUCAAUGUAAUUCUAAGUAAACCUGAAUAAAAAUGAAUAGCUUUUUCUGGUGUUCCUUAAAUUUAAUUUGGUGCCUAAUCUUGGUAAUAAGUGAGUGAGCCUGAGUGUGUGGGUGAGGGAAGGAGGGAGAUUGUGUGUUUUUCCCCUUAAUGCCACAAUGAAAAUGCCGUUCAUUAUGCAUUUAAAAUUCCUUACUAGCUACAUUUCUCCUGCCCAAUCACAGGUAGGCAUUUUGAUAUGAGCAAAUCAGAUAUUUUCUGCAGUAGCCUUUUCUAUUAUACAGUAGAAAGUGACAUUAAAUUAAAUGUGUUGUGUUGGAUAGAGGUGUGAAUAUCAAAAAUUGACUUUUUGUUGAUUUACAGCCUGAAUUUAAAAUGGAUUAAAUUGAGAUUUUGUGUCACUGGCCUACACACAAUAUCCCAUAUGUCAAAAUGGAAAUAUGGUAUUCGAAAUGUUUACAAAUUAAUUAAAAAUGAAAUGCUAAAAUGUCUUGAGUCAAUAAGUAUUCAAUCCCUUUGUUAUGUCAAGCCUAAAUAAAUUCAGGAGUAAAAAUGUCCUUAACAAGUCACAUAAGUUGCAUGGACUCACUCUGUGGGUAAUAAUAGCGCUAAGAAUGAUUUCUGUACCCAACAGGGAGGCCAAUGGUGACUUUAAAACAGUUACCAGAGUUUAAUGGCUGUGAUAGGAGAGAACUGAAGAUGGAUCAACAACGUUGUAGUUACUCCACAGUACUAACCUGAAUUACAGAUUGAAAAGAAGGAAGCCUGUACAUAAAAAAAAAAUAUUCCAAAACAUGGAUCCUGUUUGCAAAAAGGCACUGAAGUAGAAUUGCAAAAAAUGUGGCAAAUAACUUAUGUCCUGAAUACAAGCGUUAUGUUUGGGGCACAACACAUCACUGAGUACCACUCUUCAUAUUUUCAAGCAUGGUGUUGGCUUCAUCAUGUUAUGGGUAUGCUUGUCAUCGGCAAGGACUAGGGAGUUUUUUAGGAUAAAAAAAAAAGAAGGAAUAAAGCUAACCACAGGCAAAAUCCUAGAGGAAAACCUGGUUCAGUCUGCAUUCCAACAGACACUGGGAGACAAAUUCACCUUUCAGCAGGACAACAACCUAAAACACAAGGCCAAAUAUACGCUGGAGUUGCUUACCAAGAUGAUAUUGAAUGUUCUGAGUGGCCUAGUUACAGUACCAGUCAAAAGUUUGGACACAUCUACACAUUGUAGAAUAAUAGUGAAGACAUCAAAACUAUGAAAAAGCACAUAUGGAAUCAUGUUGUAACCAAAAAAGUGUUAAACAAAUCAAAAUAUAUUUCAUAUUUGAGAUUCUUCAAAGUAGCCACCCUUUGCCUUGAUGACAGCUUUGCACACUCUUGGCAUUCUCUCAACCAGCUUCAUGAGGUAGUCACCUGGAAUGCAUUUAAAUUAACAGGUGUGCCUUGUUAAUUUGUGGAAUUUCUUUCCUUCUUAUUGUGUUUGAGCCAAUCAGUUGUGUUGUGACGAGGUAGGGGGGUAUACAGAAGAUAGUCCUAUUUGGUAAAAGACCAAGUCCAUAUUAUGGCAAGAACAGCUCAAAUAAGCAAAGCGAAAUGACAGUCCAUCAUUACUUUAAGACAUGAAGGUCAGUCAAUCCGGAACAUUUCAAGAACUUUGAAAGUUUCUCCAAGUGCAGUCACAAAAACCAUCAAGCGCUAUGAUGAAACUGGCUCUCAUGAGGACCGUCAUAGGAAAGGAAACCCAGAGUUACCUCUGCUGUAGAGGAUAAAUUCAUUAGCGUUACCAGCCUCAGAAAUUGCAGCCCAAAUAAAUGCUUCACAGAGUUCAAGUAACAGACACAUCUCAACAUCAACUGUUCAGAGGAGACUGCAUGAAUCAGGCCUUUAUGGUUGAAUUGCUGCAAAGAAACCACUACUGAAGGACACCAAUAAGAAGAAGAGACUUGCUUGGGCCAAGAAAAACAAGCAAUGGACAUUAGACCGGUGGAAAUCUGUCCUUUGGUCUGAUGAGUCCAAAUUUGAGAUUUUUGGUUCCAACUGCCGUGUCUUUGUGAGACGCAGAGUAGGUGAACGGAUUAUCUCCGCAUGUGUGAUUCCCACCGUGAAGCAUGGAGGAGGAGGAGGAGGAGCUGUGAUGGUGUGGGGGUGCUUUGCUGGUGACGCUGUCUGUGAUUUAUUUAGAAUUUAAGGCACACUUAACCAGCAUGGCUACCACAGCAUUCUGCAGCGAUAUGCCAUCCCAUCUGGUUGUGCUUAGUGGGACUAUCAUUUGUUUUUCAACAGGACAAUGAACCAACACACCUCCAGGCUGUGUAAGGGCUAUUUGACCAAGAAGGAGUGUGAUGGAGUGCUGCAUCAGAUGACCUGGCCUCCGCAAUCACCCGACCUCAACCCAAUUGAGAUGGUUUGGGAUGAGUUCAAAUCAACAAUUUUUUGUCACAUGCGCCGAAUACAACAGGUGAAAUGCUUACUUACAAGCCCUUAACCAACAAUGCAGUUUUAAGAAAGGAUACCCCCAAGAAUAGUCUGGAUAGCCAUUUGAUUAGACGUUCAGGAGUCUUAUGGCUUGGGGGUAGAAGCUGUUUAGAAGCCUCUUGGACCUAGACUUGGCGCGCCGGUACCGCUUGCCGUGCGGUAGCAGAGAGAACAGUCUAUGACUAGGGUGGCUGGAGUUUUUGACCAUUUUUAGGGCCUUCCUCUGACACCGCCUGGUAUAGAGGUCCUGGAUGGCAGGAAGCUUGGCCCCAGUGAUUUACUGGGCUGUACGCACUACCCUCUGUAGUGCCUUGUGGUCGGAGGCUGAGCAGUUGCCAUACCAGGCAGUGAUGCAACCAGUCAGGAUGCUCUCGAUGGUGCAGCUGUAGAACCUUUUGAGGAUCUGAGGACCCAUGCCAAAUCUUUUCAGUCUCCUUAGGGGAAUAGGUUUUGUCGUGCCCUCUUCACGGCUGUCUUGGUGUGCUUGGACCAUGUUAGUUUGUUGGUGAUGUGGACACCAAGGAACUUGAAGCUUUCAACCUGCUCCACUACAGCCCUGUCGAUGAGAAUGGGGGCUUGCUCGGUUCUCUUCUUUUUCCUGUAGUCCACAAUCAUCUCCUUUGUCUUGAUCACGUUGAGGGAGAGGUUGGUGUCCUGGCACCACACUGCCAGGCCUCUGACCACCUCCCUAUAGGCUGUCUUGUCGGUGAUCAGGCCUACCACUGUUGUGUCAUCGGCAAACUUUGUGAUUGUGUUGGAGUCGUGCCUGGCCAUGCAGUCAUGAGUGAACAGGGAGUACAGGAGGGGAAUGUGCACGCACCCCUGAGGGGCCCCCGUGUUGAGGAUCAGCGUGGCGGAUGUGUUGUUACCUACCCUUACCACCUGGGGGCGGCCCGUCAGGAAGUCCAGGAUCCAGUUGCAGAGGGAGGUGUUUAGUCACAGGGUCCUUAGCUUAGUGAUGAGCUUUGAGGGCACUAUGGUGUUGAACGCUGAGCUGUAAUCAAUGAAUAGCAUUCUCACUUAGGUGUUCCUUUUGUCCAGGUGUGAAAGGGCAGUGUGGAGCACAAUAGAUUACAUCAUCUGUGGAUCUGUUGGGGCGGUAUGCAAAUUGGAGUGGGUCUAGGGUUUCUGGGAUAAUGGUGUUGAUGUGAACUAUGACCAGCCUUUCAAAGCACUUCAUGGCUACAGACGUGAGUGCUACGGGUCGGUAGUCAUUUAGGCAGGUUAUCUUAGUGUUCUUGGGCACAGGGACUAUGGUGGUCUGCUUGAAACAUGUUGGUAUUACAGACUCAGACAGGGAGAGGUUGAAAAUGUCAGUGAAGACACUUGCCAGUUGGUCAGGGCAUGCUCGGAGUACACGUCCUGGUAAUCUGUCUGGCCCUGCGGCCUUGUGAAUGUUGACCUGCAUAGAAGUAAUUUAGCUCGUCUGGUAGGCUCGUGUCACUGGGCAGCUAUUUUGCAAGCCCUGCGACAUCCGACGAGUGUCGGAGCCGGUGUAGUACGAUUCGAUCUUAGUCCUGUAUUGACGCUUUGCCUGUUUGAUUGUUUGUCGGAGGGCAUAGCGGGAUUUCUUAUAAGCUUCCGGGUUAGAGUCCCGCUCCUUGAAAGCGGCAACUCUACCCUUUAGCUCAGUGCGGAUGUUGCCUGUAAUCCAUGGCUUCUGGUUGGGGUAUGUACGUACAGUCACUGUGGGGACGACGUCAUCGAUGCACUUAUUGAUGAAGCCAGUGACUGAUGUGGUGUACUCCUCAAUGCCAUCAGAAGAAUCCCGGAACAUAUUCCAGUCUGUGCUAGCAAAACAGUCCUGUAGCUUAGCAUCUGCUUCAUCUGUAAGCAGGAAUCAGGAGGAUAGAAUUAUGGUCAGAUUUGCCAAAUGGAGGGCGAGGGAGAGCUUUGUACGCGUCUCUGUGUGUGGAGUAAAGGUGGUCUAGAGUUUUUUUCCGUCUGGUUGCACAUUUAACAUGCUGGUAGAAAUGAGUUAAAACGGAUUUAAGGUUCCCUGCAUUAAAGUCCCCGGCCACUAGGAGCGCCGCCUCUGGAUGAGCGUUUUCCUGUUUGCUUAUGGCCGUAUACAGCUCAUUGAGUGUGGUCUUAGUGCCUGCAACGGUUUGAGGUGGUAAAUAGACAGCUACGAAGAAUAUAGAUGAAAACUCUCUUGGUAGAUAGCUUAUCAUGAGAUACUCUACCUCAGGCGGGCAAAACCUCAAGACUUCCUUAGAUAUCGUGCACCAGCUAGGGCGGCAGGUAGCUUAGUGGGUAAGAGCGUUGUGCCAGUAACCGAAAGGUCGCUGGUUCUAAUCCCCGAGCCGACUAGGUGAAAAAUCUGUCGAUGUGCCCUUAAGCAAGGCACUUAACCCUAAUUGCUCCUGUAAGUCGCUCUGGAUAAGAGCGUCUGCUAAAUGACUAAAAUGCAAAUGUAAAAAUGUUUACAAAUAUACAUAGACCGCCACCCCUUGUCUUACCAGAGGCUGCUGUUCUAUCCUGCCGAUACAGUGUAUAACCCGCCAGCUGUAUGUUAUUCAUGUCUUCGUUUAUCCACAACUCGGUGAAACAUAAGAUAUUACAGUUUUUAAUUGUCUCGUUGGUAGGAUAUUCGUGCCUGUAGUUCGUCCACUUUAUUAUCAAGCGAUUGUAAAUUGGCCAAUAGUAUCGAUGGCAAAGGCAGAUUAGCCACUCGUCGCCGGCUCCUUACCAAGCACCCAGAUCUCCUUCCGCGAUAUCUCCUUUUCUUUCUACUGCGAAUGACUGGCCCUGUCGAGUGUCUGGAGCAAAUCCCUCUCGUCCGACGCAGAGUGAAGGAAAAGCAGCCAACAAGUGUUCAGCAUAUGUGGGAACUCCUUCAAGACUGUUGGAAAAGCAUUCCAGGUGAAGCUGGUGGAGAGUGUGUAAAGCUGUCAUCAAAGCAAAGGGUGGCUACUUUGAAGAAUCUCAAAUAUAAAAUAUAUUUUGAGUUGUUUAACACUUUUUUGGUUACUACAUGAUUCCAUAUGUGUUAUUUCAUAGUUUUUAUGUCUUCACUAUUAUUCUACAAUUUAGAAAAUAGUGAAAAUAAAGAAAAACCCUUGAAUGAGUAGGUGUUGUAAAACAUUUGACUGGCGCUGUAAAUCGGCUUGAAAAUCUAUGGCAAGACUUGAAAAUAGCUGUCUCGCAAUGAUCAACAAUCAACUUGACAGAGCUUAAAGAAUUUCUGGGAAGAAUAAUGUGCAAAUAUUGUACAAUCCGGGUAGGCCAGGUGUGCAAAGCUAAUUGCUGCCGAAGGUGAUUCUAACAUGUAUUAACUCAGGGAUGUGAAUACUUAUGUAAAUGAGAUAUCUAUGUAUUUCAUUUUCAAAAAAGUAGCAACAUUUUCUGCUAACAUGUUUUAUCUUUUUCAUUAUGGGGUAUUGUGUGUGGAUGGGUGAGAAAUAACAUCAAUUGAAUCCAUUUUAAUUCAGGCUGUAACACAACAAAGAUGUGGAAUAAGUCAAGGGGUAUGACUACUUUCUGAAGGCACUGUAUAGAAAAUGAGAACAAACCCAGUGGUAUCAUGAUACUACUUGUUUUUGUGAUACUUGGCCUGGUAUCACGUCGUUAGCAAAAUGUUGGUCAUGUGACAACCCCACUCUGCAAAUAGGCACAUUUUCCUGCAGUUUAUAGAUUUUUUGGUUUCCGCGCCCAUUCUUUUGUCAUCUUUUUGGGCCCUCACCAGUUUGCAUCCCUGCCUUUAAUAACCCAGUACUGUCCUCUCCGCAGAGUGCUGCUAUGGCAUCCUGGUGUGUGGUAUUAACCCAGUACUGUCCUCUCUGCAGCGUGCUAUGGCAUCGUGCAGGUGCCCACUGGACCCUGGUUCUGCAGGAAGUGUGAAUCUCAGGAGAGAGCAGCCAGAGUGGUGAGUCUGACCAAUAGAGUAACAACACCGUAUUCUCAGCACUGUGUUUUAUGGUACAGUUUCCGCAAAUAUUUAGCUGGUACUUUAUAGGAAAUUAUGUUAUUACUCUCUGGUAGUUACUUCAAAGAAUUCAACGCAAUUGGCAACUACCUGGUAGCAAAGAGUACCGUGUGGUGCUUAUAUUAACGAAUCCAAAACAAGUAGUACAUUGGUUAUUACAGUGUAAAGUUACACCUAGGCAAUAUCUGAAAGAGCCAGUCAGCCGUGGAAGCAUCAGACAUGCCUAUGAACCCCAGAGUAUAUUUCUCAAAGGGGGAAAAAAACAGCAUCUUUUGCUUGUACUUUCCUCAUCCUGGCUGUAGAAACAGUUAAACAGUGCGGUCAUACUCGCUUGUGAUAUUGUGUGGACGAAAAUUGGCGGGAAGAGGAUUUUCUUCUUUUUUCUUCUGAGGGAUGGCAGGCAUCCUGUGGGAGGGGUGGAGUAGCUGGCGUGAAAUGGGCACGACUGGAGGGAUACACACACACACACAGGAAAGGGAAACAGUCUUGGGCAGUGUGUUUGUGUUUUAGUAGAGGCUGAGGCUUGGUGCCAACUAGGCUCUCCCUUUCUCAUAGUAGUAACCACACAGUAUGACAGAACUGGAUGUGGGAGCUAUGGCAUGGAAUCCGACUUACACCUAUUUGAUAGUGUUGGAUCAGUGAUUACCAAAAAUACUGGGUGUGUAAGAUAGUAGGGUACAUGCUUGCGAGUGUGUAUACGGUGCCUUCAGAAAGUAUUCACGCCCCUUGACUUUUUCCACAGUUUGUUGUGUUACAGCCUGAAUUUAAAAUAGAUAAAAUUGAGAUUUUUUUUGUCACUGGCCUACACACAAUACCCCAUAUGUCAAAGUGGAAUUAUGGUUUUAUAAAUUUGUACAAAGUAAUUAAAAAUGAAAAUGUGAAAUGUCUUGACUCAAUAAGUGUUCAACCCUUUUGUUAUGGCAAGCCUAAAUAAGUUUGGGGGUAAAAAUGACCUUAACAAGUCACAAGUUGCAUGGACUCACUCUGUGUGCAAUAAUAGUGUCUAGCAUGAUUUUUGAAUGACUACCUCAUCUCUGUUCCCCACAGGGAGGCCAAUGGUGACUUUAAAACAGUUACCAGAGUUUAAUGGCUGUGAUAGGAGAAAACUGAGGAUGGAUCAACAACAUUGUAGUUACUCCACAGUACUAACCUAAUUGACAGAGUGAAAAGAAAGAAGCCUGUACAGAAAAAAAAUAUUCCAAAACAUGGAUCCUGUUUGCAAAAAUGCACUAAAGUAGAACUGCAAAAAGUUGUGUUUGCAACAAGAUAGUGUUUGCAACAAGGCACUAAUUUUAUUUGAUUUAUUAGGAUCCCCAUUAGCCGACGCAAAUGUCGACAGUUAGUCUUACUGGCGUCCGACACAUAACGAAAAAUAUAUUACAGACAAAAUACUUUACAAUUGACAUACUACAUGAACAUGUAGUGUGUGUGUGUCUAUCAGUUCCACAUACAUGUCAGGACAUACACACAGAGAAAGGUCACAUGCGGGAGAGGCGUUGUGCCGGGAGUUUUUUGAAACCAGGUUUGCACAAUAUAAGAUGGAAGUUCCAUGCACUCAUGGCUCUGUAUAAUACUGUAUGUUUCCUUGAAUUUGUUCUGGACCUGGGGAAUGUGAAAAGACCACUGGUGGCAUAUCUGGUGGGGUAAGUGUGUGUGUCAGUGCUGUGUGUAAGUUGACUAGAUGCAAACAAUUUAGAAUUUCCAACACAUUAAUGUUUCUUAUAAAAUCAAGAAGUGACGCAGUCAGUCUUUCCUCAACUCUUAGCCAAGAGAGACUGGCAUGCACAGUAUUAAUAUUAACCCUCUGAUUACAAUGAAGAGCAAGACAUGCCGCUUUGUUCUUUGCCAGCUGCAGCUUCACUAGGUCCUUCUUUGCAGCACUUGACCAUAUGACUGUAAUCAAGAUAAGAUAAAACUAGAGCCUGCAGGACUUGCUUUGUGGAGUGGGGUGUCGAAAAAGCACAGCUUCUCUUUAUUACGGACAGACCUCUCCCCAUCUUUACAACCAUUGAAUCUAUAUGUUUUGACCAUUACUGUUUACAAUCUAAGGUAACACUAAGUAAUUUAGUCUCCUCAACUUGUUCAACAGCCACACCAUUCAUUACCAGAUUCAGCUGAGGUAUAGAACUUAGGGAAUGAUUUGUACCAAAUACAAUGCUCUUAGUUUUAGAGAUGUUCAGGACCAGUUUAUUACUGGCCACCCAUUCCAAAACAGACCGCAACUCUUUAAGGGUUUCAGUGACUUCAUUAGCAGUGGUUGCUUAUACGUAUAUGGUUGAAUCAUCAGCAUACAUGGAAACACCUGCUUUGUUUUAAUGCCAGUGGCAGGUCAUUGGUAAAAAAAAAAAAAAAAAAGGUUUUACUGAGUUACAGUUCAUAUAAGGAAAUCAGUCAACUGAAAUAAAUUCAUUAGGCCCUAAUUUAUGGAUUUCACAUGCCUGUGAAUACAGAUAUGCAUUGGUUGGUCACAGAUACUUAAAAAUAAAAAUAAAAAAGGUAGCGGCGUAGUUCAGAAAACUGGUCAGUGUCUGGUGUGACCACCAUUUGCCUCAUGCAGCGUGACACCUCUCCUUCGUGUAGAGUUGAUCAGGCUGUUGAUUGUGGCCUGUGGAAUGUUGUCCCACCCCUCUUUCAAUGGCUGUGCGAAGUUGCUGCAUAUUGGCGGGAACUGGAACACGCUGUCGUACACAUCGAUCCAGAGCAUCCCAAACAUGCUCAAUGGGUGACAUGUCUGGUGAGUAUGCAGGCCAUGGACAUUUUCAGCUACCAGGAAUUGUGAACAGAUCCUUGUGACAUGGGGCCGUGCAUUAUCAUGCUGAACCAUGAGGUGAUGGCACCACAAUGGGCUUCAGGAUCUCGUCACGGUAUGUCUGUGCAUUCAAAUUAACGUUGAUGAAAUGCAAUUGUUUGUUGUCGUAGCUUAUGUUUGCCCAUACCAUACCAUAACCCCACCGCGGGGCACUCUGCUCACAACGUUGACAUAGCUGGUCUCAUGAUCCCGCAGGUGAAGAAGCCGGAUGUGGAUGUCCUGGGCUGGUGUGGUUACACGUGGUCUGCGGUUGUGAGGCCAUUUGGACGUACUGCCAAAUUCUCUAAAAUGACGUUGGAGGCCGCUAUUGGUAGAGAAAUUAACAUUCAAUUAUCUGGCAACAGCUCUGGUGGACAUUCCUGCAGUCAGCAUGCCAAUUGCACUCUUCCUCAAAACUUGAGACAUCUGUGGCAUUAGGUUGUGUGACAAAACGUCACCUUUUAAAGUGGCCUUUUAUUGUCCCCAGCACAAGGUGCACCUGUGUAAUGAUCAUGCUAUUUAAUCAGCUUGUUGAUAUGCCACACCUGUUAGGUGGAUGGAUUAUCUUGGCAAAGGAGAAAUGCUAACUAACAGGGAUGUAAACAAAUUUGUGCACAAAAUCUGAGAGAAGCUUUUUGUGCAUAUGCAAUAUCUGGGAUCUUUUAUUUUAGCUCAUGAAACAUGGGGCCAACACUUUUCUUUCUCUAGUGUACUUGAACAUCUAUGUCAAGAUCUGAAAAUGGUUGUCUAGCAAUGAUCAACAACUAAUUUGACUGAGCUUGAUGAAUUUUUAAAAGAACAAUUGGCAAAUUUAGCACAAUCCAGGUGUGGAAAGCUCUUAGAGACUUACCCAGAAAGACUCACAGCUGUAAUCGCUGCCAAAGUUGCUUCUACUUAUGCAAAUUAGAUAUUUCUGUAUUUCAUUUUCAAUACAUUUGCAAACAUUUCUACAAACAUGUUUUCACUUUGUCAUUAUGGGGUAUUGUGUGUAGAUGGGUGCGAUAAUUUGUUUUAUUUAUUCCAUUUUGAAUUCAGGCUGUAACACAACCAAAUGUGCAAUAAGUCAAGGGGUAUGAAUACUUUCUGAUGGCACUGUAUAUCUGUUUGUGUGUAAUUGUAUGGUAAAGAGUUUUGCUAAAGGCCCAUGUCUUCUUCCGUCCUCUCUCUUUCUCUGCAGAGGUGUGAGCUGUGCCCCCACAAAGAUGGCGCCCUCAAGAGGACAGAUAACGGAGGUAAGAAUCAUCUAUCUAGGAUAAUGUGUUGUGUGUAA